CCUGUGACGCUCUGAAGCGCAAAGCCCGCCUCAAAAGCCCACCUCGCCGUUUGGGGGCCAGGAAGAAGCGCCGGGCAGGCUAUUGAUGAGCACGUGCGUCUUCGUAGACUCACGCGCUCCCAGGCCCACCAGCGAGGGGAAGGGGAAGGAGGCCGCUCCUCCCAGGCGGGGAGGGCGGGGGGAAGCUUGCAUAAGUCAGCCAAGCGGACCAACAGCCAUCCCAUGUAGGCGGGAAAAGGAACUUCUGUGGCAGACGGAGAGAGGCCCCCCCUGCCCUCAACAUAUCCAUGGGGCGCUUGUUGCCGUGCGGCUCGCAGAGGCGCAGCCGGGCAGCUCCAAAGCUUUAGGCAGGUGGAGUGUGGGGCUGCCAGGCGCGGCUGGUUGGCUGCGAAGGAUGAAGGAAGAGGCGGGCGGCGGCCGCUGCUGGCUGCUGCUGGCCUUGGUCGCGGCGGGGGUCGUGUGCCAGCAGCAAGAAUUUAACAGGAGCAUCGACAACCUGGCCGUGAUCCUGAGGCGCGUGUGGGUGGCCACCGGCAACUGCCUCUACGAACUGGAGCCCUCGCUAGAGGGGCCCCUCCCGAGCCCCUCUUGCCAGGAGUCCCCCGGCACUGUCAACAAGCUCCUGCUGCCCUUCGGCGAAGGGGACGACCGCCUACUCACCUGUUGGACCUUGCCGAACGGCGACUGCUACCAGCACCGCCUCAGAAGCAGUAACGAGACCGUGGAGUGGGGGCACCGCUUCGGGUCCGAAUUGGUGAGCUGCUGGGAGCGGGGCUCAGCAGCCGGAAAAAUAUACAAAGCCGACUCGAAUUGGUAUCUGAUCGUGGCCACCACUACCCCCCUGCAUAUACUCCAACCCGGUUGCGUCCCGAGGACCGAGGUGAUGUAUAUUAAGGAAGAAACAAAGGAAGUGGCGGAAAGUCGGCUGCUGAAGGUACACGCAAAUAACUCCUUAUACUUCGUGGAUAUCUAUCAGUGGGGACGGCAUUUCUUUUUUCCUUACUACCACACCAACAACAGCAUGGACCCCUUGAUGGUUAUCACCACGCAAGACUUGAAGAGGCACCACCUCCAGGGGCACGGCUACGGCCAAACAGCCUUGCGAUGCGCCCGCGGCACCAAAAUCCUCUCCUCCAGCUGGAUCGAGCUGUCCAAGCAGCGCGUUUUCUGGGUAGGGAUUUUCGGCUCGGCUCAGGCUGGGAGCACUCCGUCUUCUACGGCCCUUUGCAUCUUCGACCUGACGCAGGUGCUGAGCAGCGCCCAAGGCUGCACCUUUAAGGACUUUGCGGAAUUAGUUCCGUCUCAUUCCCCAUGUAAAAAUACAACACAGCCAAUCAAUGGAUCACCUUCCCUGAGUCGCUCUGAUUUAACAUCCGUUUAUGCCACUGUUGUUCUGGGAAAGAUUGUUUUGUUUUUGGGAACAGAACAAGGACAGUUGCUGAAGGUUCUUCUUGAUGAGAACAUGAAGCCAGAUUGCCCCAACAUUUUAUAUGAAAUUGAAAGCGAAACAGCCAUUUUUCACAAACUUGAACUUGACCCUGUGAAUAAGGAUUACAUCUAUCUACCAUCUGUUAAAAAGAUCAGGAGAAUACCUGUUGCAAACUGCAGCAAGUUUAUUUCCUGUAAUGGCUGUUUAUCUUCAAUGGACCCACACUGUGGUUGGUGUCAUUUGAACAAAAGGUGUACUUUAAAAGGAGACUGUCCAUAUUCAAAUAACUCGGAGAACUGGAUAGAUAUUUCAUAUGGAACAGAUAAAUGCCUAAAGAUCUACAUAACUGAUUUAGACAGAGGUGAGAUUUCCAUGACUGCAGUUGUGAAUUUUUCAGGCCUUUCUAAAAGAACUUCAACUUGCAAGGUGAUAAAUACCAAGACAAACAAAAUUAUUUGUGAAGAAGGCUUUUCAGACCUCAUGAACUGUUCAUGCCACUUUAAAAAGGCAGAUCUAACUGACAAAGUUCAAGUGUCGCUCAUUUCUGGUUCUUGGAAUUGGUCAGAGAUAUUAGAAUUUGAUGACUGUUCAUUUAACAAAAUGUGCGAAGAAUGUCAUAAUGCUGGCUGCAUCUGGUAUGCAAGGGAAAACAAGUGUGCUGCCUCUACUGUGACUUGUAAGAAAAAGCUUGACUGUGGUACAGUUCUCAAUGCUUCAAAUGGGAAAGGUACGAUGCAGAGACCAAAGUUCAUGCUCAAUGCUUCAAUUGAACCAAUGUGGAUAUCGAUAUUGGGCAAAAGUGAAGUAAUAGUCACAGGAGACAAUCCUACAGUGUCAAACAUUUUGGUGGAGAUAACUGGAACCAGUAGCUGCAAACCAGAUGUCAUACCCGUCAGGAACAGAAAUGGAACACACAUGAAAUUUUGUUUACCACCAAGUCGCAAAGAAGUCAAGAAUAUAUGCGUAAAGGCAGAUGGGUUUGAAUGUUCACCCCCUGGACUACUAUAUUAUGUUUCUCUCCCAAUAUGUUCCAAGAUCUUUCCAGAUAUCUCCUGGAUGAGUGGAGGUCGUAACAUAACCAUAUCUGGAAGAAAUCUGAAUAUUGCAGACAUAGUGAUUGUUUCAAAUGAACAGGGAGUACACUUGAGUAACUUUACAUGCCGCAGCGACCCGUGUAAUUUUACAACGAUUAAGUCUGAGAAAGGAACUAAAAUUGUUAAUAUCGAUCUAGAAAUAGAAAGGAAACGUAUAGCAUGUGGAAAGUUGCGAUAUGGCCCUGAUCCUAAAUUUAUUCGCUUUGAACUGACAACUGACAUGGAACCCGAUCUGGAGUUAAAAAUAUACGGAGAAAAUGACAACUUCAAAAUUUUAAGAAGUGAGAUUGAAGUUUAUCUGUCUCACAUGACUGAUGAGAAAUUGAGAAAUCUAACUUUCACUGUUCAGAAUAUUACUAAGACUGAAACUUUUAGCAUUAUACACUGUAGAGCCAAGUGGGAAAAUAAUUUUCCUACUAGCAAGUUUGAUAAAUCCAGCGUGAAAAUUUAUGUCAAAAUGGGAAACCUGGACCUUGAAGUCCCAAGUAAAUUGCCCAGUUAUCCACUUCUGUAUCUUCUUUUGUUCAUCCCAAUAGCAAUUUUGGUUUUUUCAGUUCCAAUUUAUAUGACCCGAAGAAAAUCUAAGCAGUUAAAUCGCAAACUGAGUGAACACUUGGAACUAUUGGAAUUUGAACUUCGUAAAGAGAUACGCGAGGGAUUUGUUGAACUACAGAUGGAAAAACUGGAUGUGGUUGAUAGUUUUGGAACCAUUCCUUUCCUUGACUACAAACACUUUGUUCUUAGGACUUUCUUCCCAAAGUCUGAAGACUCUUCAUCUGCCUUCACUGAAGACACUAAUGAAUCUCUUAGUAAUCCAGGUCACAAGGAUGAAAGCAUUACUGCGUUAAAUGCAUUAAUUUGUAAUGAGAAGUUUCUGAUUACUCUGAUUCACACUCUUGAAAAACAGAAAACCUUCUCUGCGAAAGACAGGUGCUUGUUUGCAUCUUAUUUGGCCAUUGCACUACAAACAAACCUAGUCUACUUAACCCAUAUUCUAGAGGUUUUGACAAAAGACUUGAUGGAACAAUCUAGUAAUAUACAACCUAAGCUGAUGCUAAGGCGCACAGAAUCCGUGGUGGAAAAGCUGCUGACAAAUUGGAUGUCUGUCUGCCUCUCUGGUUUUCUUCGGGAAACAGUUGGAGAACCAUUCUAUUUGCUUGUAACAACCCUAAAUCAAAGGAUAAUCAAGGGUCCUGUAGAUGUAAUAACUUGCAAAGCCUUGUACACACUAAAUGAAGACUGGUUACUGUGGCAAGUUUCUGAAUUCAACACAGUGGCAUUAAAUGUUGUCUUUGAAAAAAUCCUGGAAAAUGAAGUUGAAGAAAUCACUCGGAAUAUCCAAGUAAAUGUUCUGGAUUGUGACACCAUAGGGCAGGCCAAGGAGAAGAUCCUGCAAGCCUUUCUAAACAAGAAUGGUUCUCUUUAUGGUCUCCAGCUGAGUGAAAUGGGUCUUGCUCUUCAAUCAAAUGCACAAGCAAAAGAACUUCUAGACAUAGAUAGUUCCUCUGUUAUUCUGGAAGACAGAACUACCAAGCUGAACACUAUAGGCCAUUAUGAGAUUGCGGAUGGAGCCACCAUUGAAGUCUUUAAGAAGGAAACGGAUCUACUAGGUGAGGAGUACUCUGCAAACCAUCGCCAUCUGAUAUUACCAGAUUCUGAAGCAGCCAAAGAUAUACAGGGUGUGAAGCACAAAGGAAAACAAAAAUUUAAAGUGAAGGAAAUGUAUCUCACCAAACUCCUGUCUACAAAGGUUGCAGUUCACUCCGUAGUUGAGAAGCUCUUUAGGAGCAUUUGGACUUUGCCCAACAAUAAGGCUCCAGUUGUUGUCAAAUAUUUUUUUGACUUCUUGGAUGCUCAGGCUGAAAAUAAAAAAAUUACCGAUCCUGAUGUGGUCCAUAUAUGGAAAACCAACAGUCUUCCCCUUCGCUUCUGGGUGAAUAUACUGAAGAAUCCCCAAUUUGUCUUUGAUAUUAAGAAGACUCCACAUAUAGAUGGGUGUUUAUCAGUAAUUGCCCAAGCAUUUAUGGAUUCCUUUUCUCUGUCUGAGCAACUACUGGGAAAGGAAGCACCAACAAAUAAACUUCUUUAUGCUAAGGAUAUUCCACAGUAUAAGGAAGAAGUUAAAGCUUUCUAUAAAGCAAUAAAGGAUUUGCCCUCAUUGUCCACUUCAGAACUAGAAGAAUUUUUAACUCAGGAAUCUAAGAAACAUGAAAAUGAAUUUAAUGAGGCUAUGGCCUUGACUAAAAUCUAUCAAUACAUGGCAAGAUAUUAUGAUGAAAUACGGAAUAAAUUGGAGAAAGAACGAGGGCUGGAAGAAGCUCAAAAGCAACUCCUGCGUGUAAGAUAUUUAGCUGAUGAAAAGAAAAAAUGCAAGUGGAAUUAAGAAGAGCCUCAUGAUCCUCAACUGUGAAGAGAUGAAUGUUAAAAACUGGUAUUGUCACUAAAACAGAAUUCAGAAUAUUGACUCCAAUCCAGCUCUGCUCACAUAUAACCAGUAUCGCUAAUGAACCCCAGAUGGGAUGCAGCCCCCACCCUCCACCCCCCUGCUGAACCUAAAGACUCAUCUAAGGCAGGUCAGUGUGGGCUGGAUACAAUAGUCCACUAUGUAGAUCUAAGCAUAAUGUCACAAACAGAAGACUGCUACUACAUGCAGAUCAUGUGGAUUAGAACCAUGGAGGCAUUUUUAGCUGUAUUUUAACGUAGUAUUCACCUUUUUUACUGUGGCAGGUGUCAUUUAUAUAUGUGCAAUUUAAACCAAGCCCUAGAGCCACAAACCUUAUAUAAAAGGACAUGCUUGCGUUUCAAUUGCAGAAUGGUACUCCCUACACCAGUUUGCCUGGUUCGGUUUGGGCCUUAAGAGGGUCCUCUGUUAUUCCUACAUGAAGCACAAAUACAUUCCCCUGCUGCAAAUAGCCCGGGUGCUAGAGACUUUAGGAGCAGCAGACUAUGGGUACUUGUGAGGUCCAAGAGGGCCUUGGCUCACCACAGAUGUUGUGGAGUGCUCAAAGGCCAGCCGUGCACAUGCUGUGGGACUGACACCAAGUAGACAACUGCAAUACAUUCCUAGGGGGAGGCACUUGGAUCCUAGUUUUUGCAUGAAGAAGGGGCUGAAAAUGUUCUGUGACUGUAGCUGUGUCCAGUAGAUGGAUAUAAACUGGUGGCAUUUCUUAUGUAUUAGUUCUUUGUAAAAGCAGAGGAAAGAAAUGCUGUUGCUGUACACAAGUUCCAAUGAAAUCUCAGGUGACCCAAGGACUCUUCAGUCUGAAGACUUGAGCCAGAGUUCAUAAAUACACAUCAUAGUUUCAUUUCAGAUAUGUACAUGUGUUGCAUAGCCAUCUUUGUGGCCUUUCCCCCCUGCCUUCCUUUCAGUUGGAAUAUAGAACCCUUCCACUUUAUUGAAUGCACAUCCCAGGUUUCCCUAACACUUAUCCCACACCCUAAUCUUAGGCGUGCUGAAGGGAGCACAGAUAUCUUAGGCGUGCUGAAGGGAGCACAGAUAUUCAUGGAGUUGUAGCAAAAGAAAUUCCAGCUUACUGAGGGCAUCUUUUCCAGCAUUGCUCAAAGACAAAUAGUGUGUUCUUGACAGAAAAGAGAUGCUCCUUUUUGCUUGAUUAAAAUAAUUUGUGCCUGUAGUUGUUUACAACCUUUUUUAUUUUUAUUUUUAAAGAAAACUGCAAAUAGAUGGGAGAAUUACCACAUUAACUUAUGGACAGGCUUGCAAGAACAAACAGUCUGUAACACAGAUUUCAAAUCUGACUCUCUCCACUGGCCAGGCAGAGUCACACUGGCACUGAUGCUGCCAAUGCUGAGUCAGCUCUUAUCACUAUGAUAUUUUACUAUAGGGGACACAGUUGGUUCACAGAGUGCCACAAAACAUACUUAUCAAAAUACAUUAAGUGCAAACUAUCCACUAAAUCUAGGCAGAGCACACCAGUAACAAAGAGGUAGAUGACAACUAUUUGAAGAUAGUUUUCUUUUCCUUCCUUUGUCCAUGUUUGGUAUACAGGCGGACCUUGUUAUUCAUGGGGAUGCUACUCCUCGCUUUCGACCACAAAUAAUGAAACUAUGAAUAAUGAGUCAUUGCAUCUAUGGGAAUUAGGAGGUUAGGUUCUGGAGCCUAGAAAAUGAUCCCCAAAAAUCAGGGGGGAAAGCAGAAAAGGAUGGAGCACAGCACUAUACCAUGGCCACCUCAGAUCUUAUGCUCUCCCAAUCUCUAGCUCCUCCAGUAAUGCAUACAGUACAGUAAUCACGAAGCUGCCUUACCCCCACAGUUGAAGUUCAGCACUUAUCAGCACAAACCCCAGGCCAGACUGGUUGGCAAGUUGGCCAGAGAGGCAUCACAGUGUGGGAGCCAGUUCAAGUGAACACUUGUGGGGAUUCCUUCAAAAUGUCAAGUUCAAGGUCAAAGUUUCAAAUUAAGGGCCCAAGUGUCAAGGUCAAGCUCAAAUUUGCAGAUAUACAAAACACCCUACCAUGAAUAUUGAACCUGGUGCUUAUUUUUAAACUGUAGAUAUGCAAAACCACAGCUGAGGUCCGCCUGCACACAUUUCUCUCAUGGGUUAGAAGGAAAGCUUACUCAAGGUGGAAAACUUAGCUGUUUAUAUGAUAGUGAUCUCUUGUCAGUGAACACCUCUGAAGCAAACCAGCUUGGAAACAGCUACUAUGUAUCUUUAAAGUACUGGUGUUUUGUUUUUCAGACUUUUUAAUGUCUGUUCAUGUAGUGUGGGAAAUAAUGUCUGUCCUAUUAAAAAAAAAUAACAGCAGUAUUUUCUGUAAAGUAAUUUAUUUUGUAUGUUGUAUAUUAAAAACAAAUUUAGUAAACAGGAA